AUGGUGCCCAGCGUGCGCGGCGCCGAUGGUCUGAUGCGCUCCAAGUCGGAGGAGGCCAGCACUCUUCCCGAAUACCCUCAGAAGGGCUGCGUCGAAGCUGUGACUCCCGUCACCAAGACCUCUGUCGUCAAGCGCAUCCACGAUGUUGCCACUUCGGUGUACCAGAAGACCAUUGUCAAGAAGAUCCUGCAGCGGGGCCAACUGGCCGCCUCCAAGGAUGGCAGGAAGAUUCCUUUGCGACUGGAGAAUGACGAGCCAUUGAUUGAUGUUCGGCGCGGACAUGCGUACAUCUCCAACAGCAUUCGCACUUCUCGCUACACGCUGUGGGAUUUCCUGCCCAAGCAGCUCUUCUUCCAGUUCUCUCGUGUCGGCAACUUUUACUUCCUCUGCGUCGGAAUUCCUCAGAUGAUUCCUGGUCUUUCGACCACCGGCUCCUACACGACGCUUCUGCCCCUGCUUUUUUUCGUUUGCAUAACAAUGUUCAAAGAAGGCUACGACGACUAUCGACGACACCGACUUGACAAGGUUGAGAAUGCCUACUUUGCGACGAUACUCGGCAAGGAGGACAAGUAUACUAGCAAAACUAAACAAACGCAUUUUCUGGAUCGCUUUAAUCCUUUUCAUACGAAAACGACGACCGAACCUCGAUCUGUCUCCGCCGAAGAGUACCAAGGUGUGCGAUGGGUGCCGACGAGGUGGUCUGACAUAAAAGUUGGAGAUGUCAUACGACUUGCGCGCGACGAACCUGUGCCUGCCGAUAUUGCACUUAUAUAUAGUGACGGCGAAAACAACUUGGCCUAUGUCGAUACUAUGGCGCUCGAUGGCGAAACGAAUCUCAAGAGCAAGCAAGUGUGCAAUGCGAUCGAAGGAUGCGAUACCAUUCAAGGCAUUGCAAAAUGCGCAGCGGAAUUUGUCGCCGAAGAUCCAAACCCAGAUCUGUUCAACUUUAACGGAAAAGUUACCGUCAAUGGAAAGGCAGUGCCUUUGACUCUCAACGAAAUUGUGUACCGUGGAAGUGUGCUUCGAAACACCACCUGCGUUAUUGGAAUUGUGCUCAAUACCGGAGAAGAAUGUAAGCUGCGCAUGAACUCAAACAGACACCCAAAGGCAAAGAAGCCCGCCCUGGAGAGAGUGGUGAAUAAGAUUGUCAUUACUCUGGCUUUUUACGUCAUUAUCCUGUCCGUGGGCGUGUCAAUGGGCUACCUUCGCUGGAAGAAGACCACCGAGAGACACUCUUGGUACUUGCAGCAUGCUAGUGUUCCAUUCCAUGACAUUAUCAUUGCAUUUAUCAUCAUGUUUAACAAUGUCAUUCCCCUGUCACUGUAUGUGAGCUUGGAAAUCGUCAAAGUUGGACAGCUACUUCUUCUCAAUUCGGAUCUCGGCAUGUACGAUGAAGAAUCAGAUACGCCGGCGCGGUGCAACACGAACACCAUUCUCGAGAACCUUGGCCAGGUUGAAUACAUCUUCUCGGACAAAACGGGUACUCUCACAGACAACGUCAUGAAGUUUCGCAAACUCAGCGUUGCUGGUACCGUGUGGCUUCAUGAAAUGGAUUUAGAGCCGCAGCCGUCGUCGGAUAUCUCUGAUAGCACUUCGUCGAUUGUCAAAAACUUUGACUUUCCCAGCCGAUCGCCGUCUGUAUAUAGGAGGGACCGAAUGUCAGUUGUCAUCCACGAGGAUCAAGUUGAAAUGACGGAUUCGCCGAUACAUUCUCCAAGACCAUCAAUGGCAGGACGACGAUCUUCAUCUGUGUGGCGAUCAACGGGACGACCAGACCAUGUUCAACCUGAUGUCAACACCUCGGACUUGAUCGAGUAUAUGAAACUGCGGCCGCAUUCGGCUUUUACUAGGAAAACAAAGGAGUAUCUGCUUGCUAUGGCACUAUGUCACUCUUGUUUGCCCGAGAAUAAGGAUGGGAAGAUGGACUUUCAAGCAUCGUCACCGGAUGAACUUGCUUUGGUCAGAGCUGCCCAGGAGAUGGGUUAUUCGGUUGUCCAGCGAAACUCGAAGCAAAUAACCGUUGAGGUAACUCACGCCGAUGGGACAACGGAACGCUUGAAAUAUGAGAUCCUGGAUGUUAUUGAAUUCAGCAGUGCCCGAAAGAGGAUGUCUAUUGUUGUUCGCUAUCCUGAUGGCCGCAUCUCGGUUAUUUGCAAAGGCGCUGAUUCUGCUAUUUUGCCUCGACUAAGACUGUCUACAUUGGCUAUGCAAAAGGCAACCGAAGUUCGGCAGAGUGCUGACCUUGAGCACGAAAUGUUCCGCCGAAGCGAGCAGCUCGAACCUCGCAAUAGCUUCGGCGGGAGGCCCAGUUUCAGCGUUCGCCGUAACCCCACCAUCACGAGAGAAAGAAGCGUGCACCGGCAAUCGAUGGGAAAUCGAAGCAAGUCUUUCGAGAUCAACAAGCUGACUCGUCGAUCUGAGGAUCGGCCAGAACGGCCACGCUUGACUAUCAACGCACGAGGAGCAUCGUUUGACGUCUCAAACCGCCAGUUUCUUAGCCCCAUGUCACCUCACGUACCGCAACCACUGGAUCCCCGUUUGGCAUUUUUGGAAGACUCUGGAAUUUUCGACGAAUCUGAAGUCUUCACGAAAUGCUUCAAGCACCUCGAUGACUUCGCAUCCGAAGGCCUUCGCACCCUUCUUUUCGCGCAAAAGUUUGUUUCGGAGCAAGAGUACAGGUCGUGGAAGAAGCUUUAUGACGAUGCUACGACUAGUCUGACGAACCGGCAAGAAAAGAUUGAGGAUGCGGCAGAGAAGAUUGAGGAAGCAUUUGAGCUGGUUGGUGGCACCGCCAUUGAGGAUAAGCUCCAAAAGGGCGUGCCAGAAACUAUUGAUAGGCUUCGACGGGCUAAUAUCAAGAUUUGGAUGCUGACGGGAGACAAGCGAGAGACAGCCAUCAACAUUGCUCACUCUGCCCGAAUUUGCCGCCCUGGAUCUGACCUGUACAUCCUAGACGUCACAAAGGGAUCUCUUGAGACGCAGCUCUCUGCUAUAGCCGAAGAUUUGAACGCUGGCUCCAUUCACAGUGUAGUUGUCAUUGAUGGACACACAUUGGCCGCCGUUGAAAAGUCGGAAGCUCUUUCGAUUCAGUUCUUUGCCAUUAUGCUUCUUGUCGACUCUGUUAUUUGCUGCCGUGCAUCUCCAGCUCAAAAGGCUCUCUUGGUCAAAACCGUCCGUGGUAAACUAAAAGGGUUCCGAGGCAAGGAACGCCGGGGUCUGACGUUGGCUAUCGGAGAUGGCGCAAAUGACCUUGCUAUGAUCCAAGCCAGUCACGUCGGAAUUGGAAUUUCAGGAAAGGAAGGGCUUCAAGCCGCUCGAGUAGCAGACUAUGCCAUUGCGCAGUUCCGCUUCUUGCAGAGGCUGCUUCUCGUCCACGGAAGAUGGAACUACGUCCGCACUGCCAAAUUCAUCGUCUGCACGUUCUGGAAAGAAAUGUUCUUUUACCUCCCUGCGGCGCAGUACCAGCGCUUCAAUGGUUAUACUGGCACUUCUCUCUACCAAUCGGCGAGUUUGACGGUCUUCAACACGCUGUUUACCAGUCUUUGUACGAUUUGCAUGGGUAUCUGGGAGCAGGAUCUCUCCGCAGAGACUCUGUUGGCUAUACCUGAGCUCUACAUCUUUGGUCAGCGCAAUAAGGGCCUCAACUUUUGGAAGUAUAUGCGAUGGAUGCUCCUCGCUGCCAUUGAAGGUAUAAUUACCUGGAACGGUAUCUGGGCAGGCUACGGAUGGGUGUCUCCGGCGGCCAAAGAUGAAAAUUUGUAUGCCAUUGGAUCCUUGGUGUUUACGGUUGGUGUUUUGUGGAUCAACUGGAAACUAUUCAUCUUUGAAACCCACUACAAGUCAGCUGUAGUCAUGGCCUGCUUCUUUGUCACCACAGCCGGCUGGUUCGCAUGGUUGGCUUUCCUAGACGGCGUGUAUGCCGGUACUCCGUCUGGUGACUACGAUAUCCGCCAUACCUUUACCAAACUUUGGGGAGCUGAUGCCGUGUGGUGGUCCACCGUCUUCAUUGUGCUCGCCUUUUUGGGCAUGAUUGAACUUCUUUUCAAGGCUGCGAAACGAGGAAUGCUCGUUGCAGGCCUGUGGCACUGGCCUCCCUGGCAGAGGAAGAAACUGGGUGACAACGUCGAGGAGUGGGAUUUGGAGCUCUGGCAAGAAAUGGAGCAAGAUCCCGCGGUGAAGAGAAAGCUCGCAAAGAUGGCGAGAGAUGAUGAUGAUGUUGAGUUUGAUCUAGACGAAGAGGAGGAGGAGGAAGAUAUCAUGGAGCAAAUUGAGAUUGAUAUCUCUGCGGGGAGAAGGUAG